CUGUGAUGUUGUUGUGCGUGAGAGCAACAAUCAUGAGGGGGGGGCAGAAGAGAGGUGGGUUAACCUGAUGGCACUCUCUUAUCCGGUAGAGGAUGAGGGUGCCGCACGCAAUGGAAAGAGGGAUUAUGCCACUUAUGACGCAGGUGAGUGGGAGGUUGAUGAUAAGAGUGUAGUCGACGAUGAUGACGCAGGUGAGUGGGAAGGGGAGUGGGGGCUAUUGGCAUCGGUGGAAUUGGCGGCACCAGCAGCGACGGCGGCAACGACGAAAGCAGAAACAAAUACAUCAAUAGUAACAACGACAAUAUCAACAAUAACAAUAAUGGAGGUGGGGCAGGGGUGUAUGGCAGAGGUGGUGGUUGUGGUAGAUGAAAGGCAAGGAAGGGGUGAGAUUGACGAGAAGGGUGAGAUGGGUGACGACGAUAGGCAAAGAAUGGGUGAGAUGGACGGGAAGGGUGGGAUGGGUGACGAGAAGGGUGAGAUGGGUGACAACAACAACGACAACAACAAGGACAACAACAAGGACAACGACAACAACCACAACAACAACAACAACAACAACAACGACAACAACGACAAUAACAACGGCGACAACAACAAUAACGAUGGCGAACAGCGAUUGAGUGAACUGGCUCACCCGGGCGUGAAAAAGGAUAACAACAACAACAACAACAACAACAACAACAAUGACGGCGACGAUGACAACGACAAUGACAACAACAGCAACAACAACAACAACGACAACGACGUCAACAACAACGACGACGACAACGACGUCAACAACAACAACAACAGUAACGAGAACAACGAUGGUGAUUAAGGACUGGGGGUAAAGGGUGAGGAGGGUCAGAAGGAUGACACUGUCAACGACAACAAUGGUGAUAACAACAACAACAACAAUG